AUGGCCACGUGCACACUAUCCGUGGCGCGUUUCGGCCGCCCAUCGACCUUCGCGCACCGGCGCGUGAGAUGGUUGCCGCCCUACGACGGCAACUCAACAUGCCUUGACUGGUGGUUGCCGACAGACGCGGAGGCAGCUGACACGGCGGCAGACGGUGGUGCUGCCGCCAUACGCGUCCGCGCGCUGGCCGUCAUUCUGCCGGGGCUGACGGGGAGCUCGAAGGAGUUCUACGUGCGCCGCAUGGCACGGCAGCUGCUGAGGGCGCACAUGGCCACGUGCGUGCUGACCUCGCGCGGCGUGGCGGACACUCACCUAGAGAGGCCGCAAAUCUUCAGCGCGCUCUUCGCGAAGGACCUGCGCCACAUCAUGCAAGCAUGCAUGACACGUGAAAAGGUGCAGGAGUGUCUGCUGCGCCGCAUAUCACCGCUGCAGAGCAGCGAUCAUCAUAAAGGUGCCGUGCCGAUCAUCGGCGUCGCCUUCUCGCUUGGUGGACGGAUCUUGACCAACUACGUAAGUGAGCAGGGCGAGGCAGAGGCGCCAAGCGGUUUCGACGCUGUUUACACAAUCACCUCUCCACACAACGUGAGCGACGGUGCGGCGGCGCUGCGGAUGCUGCUGUCCAAGCUCCUCUACGGCUCCACCUUGUAUAAGCGACUUCGCGCCUACUACGAGCGACACAAGAACGUAUUGCAAAACUUGCCCGAUAUUGACAAGAAACUCUUGAUGGACGGCGACUCGCCGUUGGUGAAGCGGCUACGCACCGUGCAGGACUUUGGCGAGUUCAUCACGGGGCCACACGUUGGCUUCCCUGGUGCGGAGGCGUACUACGUCGCCGCCAGCAGCUUCCGCCGCCUUCACCACUCCCGCAUGCCGCAGGUCUGUGUUGUAGUGGCCAACGAUCCCAUCUAUGGUCCUCCACAACCCGCGCCGCGCUGGCUGCACCUCAUCGACAUGCACUGUGGUGGGCUCGUGUACGUGGAGAUGCCUGUAGGUGGGCAUCUCGGGUUCCUCGGAUGCCCGUGGAGCGAGUGGACGCAGGCGCCGAACGAGAUGGAGCACCUCGUGCUGCGCUCGCUCAUUCACUUCAUCAAAUCUGCCGACACGCAGGCUGCAGAAGCGAAGACGAACGAGUGA